CCACGAAGCCAUGGAUUUGUCCAAUUUCGAUAAAAGGCCAGCUCAUAACGAUUUCAGAAGCGAUACGUUCACCACGCCAACGGCGUCAAUGAUCAAGUCAUUGGUUAUUUCCAGCUUGGGUGAUGCCGUUUAUAAUGAAGAUGAUUCAACUAAUCAAUUAGAAGCGAAAGUUGCUAAGUUGGCUGGGAAGGAAUCGGGAUUAUAUUGUGUUAGUGGGACGCUAUCAAACCAAAUUGCUGUAAGGGUCAAUUUAUUCCAACCACCAUAUUCAAUUUUAUGUGAUUAUCGUGGGCAUAUUUAUGCGGAUGAAGCUGGGGGAUUGUCUACAUUGUCUCAAGCAAUGAUUCAACCAAUUCAUCCUAAAAACGGGAAAUACUUAACUUUGGAAGACGAUAUCAUUCCUAAUGUUAUACCUGAUGAUGGAGAUAUUCAUCUUGCACCAACAAAAUUGAUUAGUUUAGAAAAUACUUUACAUGGAAUGAUUUUCCCAAUUGAUGAAAUUGAAAAAAUCAGUAAAUUUUGUCGUGAAAAUGAAAUAAGAUUACACUUAGACGGUGCCAGGUUAUGGAAUGCUCAUGUGGAAACUGGAGUAUCUAUUGAAAAAUAUUGUUCUUAUUUCGAUAGUGUUAGUUUAUGUUUGAGUAAAUCCUUAGGUGCUCCAAUUGGAUCAGUUUUAGUUAGUGACUCAAAAUUCAUCAAAAAGGCUAAUCAUUUCAAAAAACAAAACGGUGGUGGUAUUAGACAAAGUGGGAUCUUGGCGGUUAUGGCUUCAACUGCAAUUGAUGAAAACUUACCGUUAUUGAAGAAUUCUCAUGUUAAAGCAAAAGAAUUGGGUAAAUUAUGUCAGGACAACAACAUUCCUUUAUUGUAUCCAGUAGAUACUAACUUUGUCUUUGUUGAUUUUGAAAAAGCCGGUAUUUCUGAUGAACUUUUCAAUAAAUAUGGUGACAAAUACAAUAUUAAAGUUCAUGGUAAUAGAAUUUCAUUUCAUUAUCAAAUCUCAGAUGAGAGUUUUGAAAAUGUUAAAAGAGCCCUUUUAGAUACUUGGGAGGAUGCUAAAAAGAAUCCUGCCGAAAGAUCAAAUCAACCUUCUAAAUUUUAUAGCCUUUAA